GAAUUAUUUACUAAAAUAUUUCUAAUAUUAUUUCCCAAUUAUACAUAUACAUCUAUAUAUCUAUAUAGAAUCAUAUUGAUGGAUAAUUAAGACAUAUCAUUGAAACAAUAAAGGAUUAUUAUUAUUAUUACUGCCAUUAUGAAUCAUACUUUAACUAUAACAUAUAUUGAAUAUAAUAAUUUCUUUAAUAUAACACAAUUUAUAAAAUCACCAUAUAAAAUGAUCACAUUAAGUUUAUUAUUAUUUAUUAAUUUAUUUAUAUUUGCAUCAAAUUUAUUUAUGAUUAUUAUAUUACUUAUAAGUAAAAAUAAACGUUUUGAUGCAACACGUAAAUUUUUAAUUAAUUUAUCUAUUAUUGAUAUACAAUUUGCUUUAUAUAUUAUGCCUAUCUCUAUUAUAUAUUUAAUAUUAAAAAUGAAUUGGUUAUCUUAUUAUAUGAUAUGUUAUUUAUGGAUUAUUAUAGAUAUUUAUUUUUGUACAACGAAUAUGUUUAAUUUAGUAAUUAUAGCAUUUGAUAGAAUGUUAGCUAUUAAUUAUGCUGUAAAAUAUAAUCAAAUUAUGUCACCAACACGUGUACGUUUAUUAUUAUUAUUAAUAUGGUUAUUAGCAUUAUUCAUUAUAUUACCAUUGAUUGUUUAUAUAAUUUGGUAUCAAUUAAAUAUAUCAUCUAUCAAAAAACAAAAUAUGGAUUUGACAAAUUCUUUAAAUUUUAAUCAUAAUGAUGAUCCUAAUGAUUCUAUACAAUAUAAAUGUAGUUUAAUCCAUUGA